CUCACCGGGCAGAACAAAGUUCCCGCAAGAGCCCAAGGUUCCGCCCUAACCUUGCCGGACCGGAGCUGCACUGCCCCCCCAAGCUCACGGCUCUUAACGACAUGGGUAGUUCCGCUUCCGGCAGCACCAGAUAAGUCGCGAGAGGAAGCUUAAAUCCUGUCGCUUGCAUUUAGGACCACUUCGGUUCACAAUGGUCCGUAGUGGGAAAAAUGGUGACCUUCAUCUUAAACAGAUUGCAUACUAUAAACGAACUGGAGAAUAUCAUCCAACUACACUACCGAGUGAGAGGAGUGGAAUAAGAAGAGCGGCAAAAAAAUUUGUCUUCAAAGAAAAAAAGUUGUUUUAUGUUGGAAAAGACAGAAAACAAAAUCGUUUGGUAAUUGUUUCAGAAGAAGAAAAAAAGAAAGUUCUAAGAGAAUGCCAUGAAAAUGACACUGGAGCCCAUCAUGGCAUAUCCAGAACCCUGACUCUAGUGGAAUCCAGUUACUAUUGGACUUCUGUGACCAAUGAUGUCAAACAGUGGGUAUAUGCUUGUCAUCAUUGUCAAGUGGCAAAAAAUACAGUUAUUUUAGCACCUAAACAGCACCUCAAGGUGGAAAAUCCAUGGAGUAUAGUUACUGUUGAUCUAAUGGGCCCAUUUCAUACAAGCAAGAGAAGUCAUGUAUAUGCUAUAAUCAUGACAGAUUUGUUCACUAAAUGGGUUGUGAUUUUGCCUCUAUGUGAUGUUUCAACAUCAGAAAUUUCUAAAGCUAUUAUCAAUAUAUUUUUUUUAUACGGACCUCCUCAGAAAAUAAUAAUGGACCAAAGAGAUGAGUUCAUUCAUCAGAUCAAUGUUGAACUGUGUAGAUUGUUUGGCACAAAGCAAAUUGUAAUUUCACAUGCCUCUCAAGCUGUUAACCAAACUGAAGGUAUACCUAAUACCAUCAAAACAUUUCUUUCCAAACACUGUGCUGACCACCCAAACAACUGGGAUGAUCACCUAUCAGCUGUUUCAUUUGCCUUCAAUAUAACUCAUUUGGAGCCUACUAAAAACACACCAUACUUUCAAAUGUUUAAUCGAAAUCCUUAUAUGCCUGAGACUUCAGAUGUUCUCCAUGAAGUGGAUGGUGAUAAUACAAGUAUGUUUGCCAAAAUUCUAGGUGCAAUUAAAGAAGCUGAUAAAAUAAUGGAGACUAAGACAACUUCAGUGGGCCAGGUGGAGAAUAACACUGUUGAUGAAACACACAAAAACAAAAUCAUUGUUAAAAAGAAACCAAAGCAGUUAAAUCCAUUUCAUCUAAAAGUAGGUCAUGAAGUUUUAAGACAAAGGAAAAACUGGUGGAAGGAUGGUCGAUUCCAGUCGGAAUGGGUUGGUCCUUGCGUCAUAGACUAUAUUACAGAAAGUGGAUGUGCUGUUCUGAGAGACAACACUGGGACUAGACUUAAAAGACCUAUCAAAAUGUCUCACCUUAAGCCCUACGUAAGAGAAUCCAGUGAACAAGACAGUCUUUAUCUCUUACAAGGUUCAGUAGUGGCAGAUCAUGACUACAUUGGAUUGCCUGAAAUUCCAGUUGGAGCAUACCAAGCAAGUAUUCUGGUAGAAGAUGCAACUAUUGGUGUAGUCGAUAAUGAAUUACUGACAUCAAGCAAGGAUGGUGAACUAUUAGAAUAUAGAAAUGCCAAAAUCUCUCCAUUGAUAGAAGAUAAUAGUAAUCUUGAAAAGCAGACCUUCAGUCUGUUGGACUCCUCAAACCAAGUCCUUGAGUACUUAAGUUAGUAAAUACUAAAAUUCAUUUACAGUGCUUGUUUAGAAUAUAUGUAGCUCCUUGAAACGGUAUUUUUUCCAUCGAAAAAGUUUGUAUAGAA